AUGCGCGCGCGGUCUGAAUCUCAGAUCAAACACGAACUUGCUAAUGGACAUUAUAAGAUUGUACAUGAAAAGCCCCAUAUUGUGUCUGCACUUGGAGCUAUUCCAAAAAAGGAUUCAAACAAAAUUACAGGUGGGCAAGAGGCCGAGCUGGACAGAGCUGUGCAAUUCUACACGGGUUGUGCUUUUGCUGACUCUACAAAAAGAGCUUAUAAAACACAUCGGAAAUCUUAUCUGGAUUUUUGCUCCAAAUCUGGAUAUGCCCCUGUCCCAGCAACUUCAUUUUUGCCGUUAUGCAGCUUAUCUAUUAUGCUUCAUAUUAGAUGGAGUAAAGUGAUUCAGUUUAAAUCACGAACUUUUGAUUUACCCAUGCCCCGCCUCAAAUCAAAUUAACUUUGUCCUGUCCAAGCGCUUUUUAACUGUUUUCAGCUUACUCCUGGGGCAGAUUUGGACGACCCUGCUUUUAUCUACAAAGUUAAUGGCCAUUUGUUACCCCUUACUUGUGACCUUUUCAUUAACCGUGUCCGCAAUUGCCUCGCUCUAAGUGGUUUAAACCCUUCGGAGAAAGCCAGUCAUAGUUUCCGCAGAGGCGGAGCGAGCUUUUGUUACGCAAUUGGCCUUCCUACAGAUUCCAUUAAAUUGUUAGGUGAUUGGCGCUCCACCUGUUACCAGUCAUACAUAGACAAUGACGCCCAAACACGUUUCCAAAUUAUUAGUCGUAUGCAACAGGCCGUUUAAACGGUCUUUGUUUCCUUUUCUGUAACUACAUCCCUACCCUACUCUACGUCUGGUGAUUGGACGAUACUUUGUAUUGAUCAUCACAUGUAUAUUAUAUUUUAUAUCGGAGGGU